CACCCCUCCUUUUCGAGAGUUGUAGUUGUGAGAGCGGAUCCUACGUUAGCUUGUAGUUCUAUGCUUUGGGAGGCUAAAUUAGCUGACUGACUGGCUUCGACAGCUGGAUCAUCUCUGUUACCCACUAUCAUUUGAGAGGAGUCCAUCUUCUGGCGAGAUCAUGUCAGAUUUCUCGCUGGCAGAUGCCUUAGGAGACGGUAGUCCAAGCCAGGCAAAUAGAACAGGGAACACUAACCCAUCUGCCCCUGCCGGUAACCCUCCACCUCCUACAAACCCAGGAUGGCCUGGUUCUGCCCCAGGAGCUCCCACUCAGCCCUCCGCUCCGGGUGACUUCUCUGGUGGAUCAUCUGGCCCAGGGGCGCCAGGGCAGUUCCCAUUUCCCUCUGGUCCUGGAGCACCAGGGCAAUACCCUGGUCCUCCUUCAGCACCUGGUGCGUUCCCCCCUGGUCCUGGGAUACCUGGACAAUAUCCACCUGCACCUGGAGCUCCAGGGCAGUUCCCCUCCAGCCCUGGAGCCCCUGGCCAGUUCCCUGGGCAGUUCCCUGGCCAGUUCCCUGGGCAGUUCCCUGGUCAGUUCCCUGGGCAGUACCCACCUGAAGGAGCUCCAGGACAGCUACCUGGAGGCCCUGUUCCUUACCCAACUGGACCCUUUCCUUCUGGCCCUGGAGCUCCCCCUGGGCCUUAUCCAAAUGUGCCUUUCCCAGGAAGUCAGCCAGGAGGAGGGAAUGGGAUGUACGGACCAGGUGGUCCGGGUGCAUUCCCCCCUCCAGCUGGCCCUGGCUCUUUCCCUGCAUUCCCUGCUGGAGGCUUUCCCCCAAUACCCCCUGGGUCAUGGGGAUCACCUGCAGGUGGAGGCUGCCCUCCUGCCCCUGGUCCCUUUGGUCCUGGCCCUGCGCCUAUGGGUCCAUACGGUGGGCCUGCCGCUCCGGGAGGCAUGCUGAUGGUGCCGUAUGAUCUUCCACUUCAUGCUGGAAUUAUGCCACAACUUUUAAUCACAAUAGUUGGGGAGCCCAUUCCUGGUGCAGACAGGUUCAAAGUUGACUUCAUCAAAGGUUCAGAUAUCGUCUUUCACUUCAAUCCUCGAUUUAAUGAGCAAACAAUUGUCAGAAACUCCUACCUAGGUGGAUGUUGGGGGCCAGAGGAGCGAGAAGCAGGCUUCCCAUUUGUUCAGGGACAGCGUUUUGAGCUGAAGAUCCUUGUGGAGGAGGACAUGUUUAAAGUGGCGGUGGACGGCACCCACCUGCUGGAGUACGAGCACAGAGUCGGUGGGCUGGAGGACGUGACCCUGCUGCGAGUGACUGGAGACAUCAUCCUCCACAGUGCAGCCCCGAGCAUGAUCUGAAUCUCAGAGCUACUAAACCACAUGCUGUAUAGGAGACCUAGGUCAAACUUUACCACCGUAUUUGAAAUCCUUUCAAAUACUUUGAUGGAGUUUUUGAGGCACAAUAGUCAGCGAAGUGCAAUCUUUGCCCACCUGGCACUUCGUCAUUUAUUAUAGAACAGAUGGAAGAUUAACCCAGGUCUGCACACUAUAAUCCUUUUAUUUUUUAUUUCUGGAUGACAUCUGAUUUUAUAGCCACUCACGAUCCAUUAUUUUUUAGGACAUAACAGUAUCCAAGUAGUGAAUGAGAUAAAGUGCAUCUAAAACAGGCAUUUUAUGGAAAUACUAAUUUAUAUCUAAUGAAAAGAUUGUAGGCCAAAUGGAAAAAUAUGACGUGUCCCAAACAUUUCAUACAUUUUCCACUAGUAUGCUGUAGUUUGUUUACAGUACAUAUGUUUAUUAUUCUCUCCUUCAUAUCAAAAUCUUGAUAAGCCUUUGUAAUGCAUGAGAGUGUGCUGCUGAAAAUCAACUUGGUCUUAUUACAGUGCUGGCCGACCCCCAAGACUCACUGGCCUGUUAACAUACAGUAGGCUAAUGAUGAAGUUUCUUAAAAUGUAUUUAUAUACCAACUCAGCUCCUCCUGAGCUCUCACACUGGAGGAUCGCGUAACGUUUUACGAAUUAUGAUUUCAUGUUGAAGUCAAAUCUAAUAGCAAAAACAGUGAGGCUCAAAUUAAAGUAAAACGUUUGAAAGGGGAGGGAUGGGCUCUCCGAUUUGUUGCCAAAGAUGACAGUGGUACAGUAUUUUGAGAUUAUAUGCUUAUAAAUAAAGGGCCUCAAACAAUGACUGAUAAUGCAGUUUGAUUCAGAAUACCUACCUGCCUGUACACAUAAUAAAUGCUAGCUUACCUGUU